AUGAUUAUAAUAUUUUGUAUUGUGAUUGGGUUAUUUUCUUCUAAUUAUUGUAUUAGAGGUAUUGCUAUACCAAUAACAGGGAGUUUUUUAAUUUACGAUUUAUUAUUUUUCAUUUGCAUGUUAGUGUUGAAAUAUGAUUGUAAAAAAUCUAAUGAAAAACAAGUAACUAAACCGGAACGUUUUGUUGAUAGCUUUAUUAAUGAAUUUAAUAAAGUAAUAUUUAAAGAAUUUGAAUAUUUUGAUAAUAUUACGCUUUUAAGUAUCUUUUUAAACAAAUUUGAUUAUAAGUCAGAGAUUCUAUAUUGA